ACUAUGUCGUCAGUAAAACGAUAAUUUUUUUAAAUUUUUUAUGUAAUUUUUAUCGUUUAUCAAAGUGUAAUAGUAUCGAUAAUUUAUAACUAUUGAUUAUCAUAUCGUGAUGUAUUUUUGAAAAGAAAAAAAAUCAUAAAAAGUAAUCUGAUAAUGUCGCAAAAAUAUAUUAUUUCUUUUUUUACUCGCCGAAACUAUCGAUACAUUCAUUCGGUUCGGUACUAGUAGAUGAAACUAUUGCUCUGUUAUUCUACGGUGUGUCGAAUAUAAUUUAUUUCUAUCCAAAAGUACACUAUUCUUUUGUGUAUUUGUAAUAUUGUAAAUUGUGUGAAGUAUCAUAUCGAUAAACAAAAAUCUGAAAAUGAAACUUUAUUACACUGAAGCUAGUCCGCCAUGCAGAACUAUUAUUCUAUUAGCGAAUUUAUUAAAUAUCAAGUUGGAGUUGAUACUCACGAGUCCAAAAAAAGGAGAGACCGUCACUGCUUCUUUCCUCCAAAUGAAUCCUCAACAUGUUGUACCUACUCUGAUUGAUGACGAUGGUUAUAUUCUUUGGGAAAGUCGUGUGAUAGCGAAAUAUCUUGUUGAGAAGUACGCCAAAAGUGAUGAUUUAUAUCCUUCCACUUUAUACACGAGAUUGGAGAUCGACAAAAUAUUGGAUUUUGACUUGGGGACAAUUUUUCGUAGAUCAAGCGAACAUUUUAUAGCCGUUUUAUUUACGGGUAAAUAUGACCCGGCCAGAAAACCAAAACUUGACGAUGCUUUGAAUGUACUGAAUGAAAUUUUGAUGCGUAAUAAUUCCAAUUUUGUGGUUGGAAAAAAACUCACUAUCGCUGAUAUAUCUCUGAUUGCAACAGUCAGUAGUUUAGAGGUCACGGGCUAUGAUUUUUCAAAAUUCCCAAACAUUAUUUCAUGGUUAUCGAAUAUCAAAAAUGCAAUACCAGACUAUGAAACGAUUGGCAUGAAAGGAGAAUUAGCUUUCAAAGAUAUGGUGGAUGCUUGUUUGAAAUAAAAAAGUAGAUAUAAGUAUACGUACCUACCAAUUAAUUUUCAGUACCUACACCUACCUAGGUUCUCUACUCAUGGAGACGGAUCAAAAUAAACAAAUUAUUAAAAUAGAAUUUUUAAUUACUUAAUCAUAUCUUACCAACCUACGUCUAUGUAUCAUUACAUGUAUAAGUAGGUAACAAAAAGUACGUCUUCACUCAUCUCAAAAUAAAAUAGUUGCGAUGCGAAAGUGUUCAUCAGAACAAUUAUUAUAUCGAAUACCUACCUAAUAGAUAGCCUAGGUACUUAUAAUUGUUGUGAAGGUAAAUUCUAUGAAAUCAUUCAUGCUCCAGUGCUUUCAAGAGCAGUUACAGGCAAAUAUUUUUUUCAAAAAUGUCACCUUUUAUGCAAUUUAAUCAAUAAUAAAGAAUGAUUUGCAACUA